GGGAGGCUGCUGUGUCCCCCCCAGCACCUGUAGUACAUACAGCAGGGCCCAAGGAGCUCAGUGCUUACCUAGCUGGGGCUUUGUACUCAAGCCCACUCCAUUCUAACCAGACUAGGGCUCCCUGUCCCUUCCCUGCUCACCACCAGCAAGCCCACCACAGUUGGUAGGAGCAGCUGCUCACUUUGCCAAGAUGUCCAAGGUAGCCAAGUACCGGCGGCAGGUGAGUGAAGACCCCGACAUCGACAGUCUGCUGUCCACCCUCUCCCCUGAAGAGAUGGAGGAGCUGGAGAAGGAGCUGGAUGUGGUGGACCCAGAUGGGAGCAUUCCCGUGGGACUUCGGCAGAGGAAUCAAACGGACAAACAGCCCUCUGGCUCAUUCAACCGUGAAGCCAUGCUCAACUUCUGUGAAAAGGAGAGCAAGAAACUUAUCCAGAGGGAGAUGUCUGUGGAUGAAAGCAAGCAAGUGGGAAAGAAGACAGAUGCCAAGAACGGAGAGGAGAAGGACAGUGAUGCCAGCAGAAAGGCCCUAGACUCCAGACAGGAGUCAAACCUGGGCAAGGAGCCGAAGAAGGGUGUUUUAAAGAAAAGCUUCUCCAGGGAUCGAGAGGAGACCGAUGGUGGCAGAGGGGGUGAGAAGCCCAAGGAGGAGAAGGUCAUCAGGGGUAUUGACAAGGGCAGGGUCAGGGCUGCGGUGGACAAGAAGGAGGCUGGGAAGGAUGGCAGAGAAGAAAGAGCAGCCUCCAUGAGGAAGGAAGAAGAGAGGACAGAGAAUGUCAGGAACGCAGGCUUGAGCAGAGACAAAGACAAGAAGAAAGAGGAGGUGAAGCCAACAGCAGAGAGCAGGAACAUAGUUGGGAGCCGGGAGGACGGGAGGCUGAAAGAGUCAAGUGAGAACAAGAAACCAGAGGAUGAGGGCAUAGGCUGUGGGGGCAGAGACUCGAGAAAGGAGGAUGAGAAAGUUAAGAACGAAGAAAAUCAACCUGAUAAGGGAGUCAGGGAAGAGAGCAAGCCCAAAGCUCCAGAGAAGCAGCCCCCCAGUGGUCCCAGCAAGCCCUCUGAUGGGCAAGCCAGAGCAGAAGAGGAAGCAGCUCCCAGUAUAUUUGAUGAACCUCUGGAGAAAGUGAAGAGCAACGACCCAGAGAUGACCGAGGUGAACGUCAACAACUCAGACUGCAUCACCAACGAAAUCCUAGUCCGCUUUACUGAGGCCUUGGAGUUCAAUACUGUGGUGAAGGUGUUUGCCUUGGCCAAUACGCGGGCUGACGACCAUGUGGCCUUUGCCAUUGCCAUCAUGCUGAAGGCCAAUAAGACCAUCACCAGCCUCAACCUGGACUCCAAUCACAUCACUGGCAAAGGCAUCUUGGCCAUCUUCCGGGCCCUCCUCCAGAACAAUACGCUGACAGAGCUGCGAUUUCACAACCAGAGGCACAUCUGUGGGGGCAAGACUGAGAUGGAGAUUGCCAAGCUGCUCAAGGAGAACACCACCCUGCUCAAGCUGGGCUAUCAUUUUGAGCUGGCUGGACCCCGGAUGACUGUUACCAAUCUGCUGAGCCGAAACAUGGACAAGCAGCGACAGAAACGGCUGCAAGAGCAAAAGCAGGCCCAGGAAGCCAGUGGAGAGAAGAAGGACCGGCUGGAGGUACCCAAAGUCGGGACUCUGGCCAAGGGCUCCCCCAAACCUUCACCCCAGACAUCUCCAAAGCCCGCUCCAAAGAACUCACCCAAGAAAGCAGGUGUUCCAGCAGCCCCGCCUCCUCCUCCCCCUCCACUGGCCCCACCCCUUAUCAUGGAGAAUCUAAAGAACUCACUCUCGCCAGCUACCCAGAGGAAGAUGGGAGACAAAGUGCUCCCUGCCCAGGAGAAAAACUCACGUGACCAGCUCCUGGCUGCUAUCCGUUCCAGCAACCUUAAACAGCUGAAGAAGGUAGAGGUGCCCAAGCUGCUUCAAUAGGACAGGCAGCCAGGCACUGGUAAAUGCCACGACUGUCUAGACUCUUGUCCCAGGGCUACACAGACCCCCGCCACCCCACCCUGGCUGAGCUGUUGCAGCUGUCCCUAUCCACCAUGGGAGAGCUCGAGACCUGGGCCAUGCUCGAGGGAGGACACCUCAUCUCUUCUCCCUUUCCUUUUCUUGUCUCUGAGGCUCUUCAAAAAUUGCUUUGAAACCUGGAGCUGAAGUAUUGGGACAAGAGGAGUUCUUUACGCACGUCACAGAGAGAAGAUGGCACUGCCCAGAGCCCAUGUAGCAGGCAUGCUGCCAAAGGCUUAUGAUGCAGAAAAGAUGUCUCCCAGGGACCACAUAUGGACCCCCAGCCUCACUGCCUCCAGGGCCAGGAUUCAGGCCUCUGAGGAGCCCUUGGGGCAAAGUUGCUGGGCCAGUGGCACUCUAUGGGACAGUGGUAGAAGGACGGAGGACAUGGGAGUCCAAAGGCAGAGCAAGAGGGCUGGGGAUGCUACAAACCUCCAUCUGAUAUGCCUGGGCAGCGGGCAUGGUUGGACAGUGCCUGAGAGAGGGUGGGCUCCAGUUGGGAGUAGAAAGACAGAUAGGCGCGGCAGCUGGACCUGAAGGGUUGAUGCCAAAGCAGAUGUUUUUUUCACAUCACCUGCUGCUGUAUAAAUAGCUAUAUAUCUGUUUUUCCAUAAGAUUUUGAUAAUAUAUACAAACCUUUAGCUGCAA